UGGCCCUCUAGGUCGAGGGCUGGCAUUUGGGAGGACUCGCAGGCGUGGAUCACCCGUGGAGCAGGGCGCCUCCCGGGGCUUCCAGGGCAGCGCGGGCUCCGGCGUGGGUAAAGCGAGGUCCUCGAGGUCGGCGGCGGCCAGAAGAUGUCAAAGGAAAACCUUGUGAGGACCACUGUAUACUACAGCACUCUAACCGUCUUUUCUCCUUCUAGAAUAUGUGUCAUCACAUUGGCAGGAUCUCAUCCGGUUCUUCAAAGUGGAAAAACGAUUAAGAGCAUUUCCUAUCAGAUAAGUACCAACUGUAGCAGACUCCAGAACAAGGUCUCUGGGAAAUUUAAGCGGGGGGCACAGUUUCUAACAGAAUUCGCACCUCUGUGUAAGAUUUACUGCUCAGAUGGAGAAGAAUAUACCAUAUCCAGCUGUGUGAGAGGACGACUGAUGGAAGUAAAUGAAAACAUUCUCCAUGAGCCAUCUAUUCUUCAAGAAAAGCCAUCUACUGAAGGUUACAUUGCAGUUGUGUUACCCAAAUUUGAAGAAAGCAAGAGCAUAACAGAAGGCUUACUGACACAAAAACAGUACGAAGAAGUUGUGCUGAAACGCGUUGAUGCUGCUACAGCUACAUCAUGAGGACUGCAAUGGAGCCAGAAGCAACAUGGGAUUCUUAGCCUUACCUGGUCUAAACCAUCAGUGCCCUCAAGGAGAUGCAGCAUACUGUGUGAAGCACACUUCUCCCCCAGCCAUCAGCAGAAGAGCCCUAAGCCUUCACUUAACCUAGUUUUCCCUCUGUCUUGCCUGACAAGCUUUGGCUCCCACUUGUCUCCACCCUCACCCUGUUCCUUUGCUUCCAAGUAAACAAGCAAGCAGGGGAUGCAUUUUGAUUCAUUCUCUUCUCUCUCUCUCUCUCUCUCUCUCUCUCACACACACACACACACACACACACACACACACACACCUCUGGGUAAAAUUUGGCAAACAUGGAGAAGUUUUAAGUAACUGAUUUAUUCAUCCUCAUCAUAUUACAUGGAAGUAAAUACUGUAUUUUGACAUACUUCUAUUAUUUGAACAAUAUGGCAUGGCUGUUGUUUUUUCUUUCAAUUUUUGAAGUUUUUUCAAAAACCUAAAUGACCUUUCUUCACCCUGCUUAAAUGUGACACAAAGUCUUGUCCCACCUGUUUUUAAGUUACAAGAAGAGGCUGGAGUGUAGAGUGUACCUUUUGUCCUCCUCACACCUAUUAAACAACUAAAUGAGGAACACAUCUUUGAAAAAUACAAAAUUCUGCCUUAACAAAUGGAAAAUAAGGCAACUUAAGUUGGUUCUCAUAGUGGAUACAUUGUAGUCAAGCAGUGUCACUCUGGUGACUGGGUAACUAAGAAAGAAGUUUCUGCCUUUGGACACAACAAAGGCUUUCACAUCCUUAAAAAGAAACAAACUAAUUAACUCAAUUUAUGGCUUAAAAUUGGAUACUGAUUUACAAUGAAUUUCAAAUAAAGGACAUUAAGAAAACAUGUCACUUUUUCCUUAGACUACAUAUAUUUAAACAGCUGUGUUUUUUACAGUUUCUAUCCUCUUAUGCUGUUGAAGUCAGAUAUCCCCUCCCCACACCUACUCAAGUAUGUAACAGCAUCUUUGUUUUGUUUUUUGUUUUUGAUAGGCAGUUAGAGAGACAGAGAGAAAGGUCUUCCUUCUGUUGGUUCACCCCCCAAAUGGCCACUACGGCCAGCGCUGCGCCGAUCCGAAGCCAGGAGCUUCCUCCUGGUUUCCCAUGCGGGUGCAGGGCCCAAAGACUUGGGCCAUCCUCCACUGCCUUCCCAGGCCACAGCAGAGAACUGGACUGGAAGAGGAGCAACCGGGACAGAACCAGCGCCCCAACCAGGACUAGAACCCAGAGUAUCAGAGCCACAGGUGGAGGAUUAGCCAAGUGAGCUGCGGCGCCGGCCUGUAACAGCAUCUUAUAAAUAAAAUUUAAAAUUAGUUUUAGUUCAUAGCAAAAACAUCUUGAAACUCAGGGGUAGUGAAUGUCAUGUAAGGUCCCGGAAAUCAUUUGGUCUGGCCCUGCCAAGAUGACCACAGGCAGGACUUGAAAUUCAAUACAUCUACAGCAGGCUGAUUUUUGAGUUGCUAAUUUUGUAUGCUCCCUGUAUGGUGCUAUAAAUAUCCACAUGGCUCUUGGCAGAAAAAAGGUUCCCUUACCCCUGCGAAUGCCAGGACAAUUCUCCCUAAAAUAUACACAUAGACUAUGACAAGGUAGCAACACGUAUAGUGAUGGUGCUAUGAAGUGAAAAUGUGAGCACAAACCAGCACAUCAGUUGGCACAGUGAAUGUUCAAGAGUACAUAAGACAGAGACACUUAUGACAGUAAAACAGUCUGUAUCUACUUUACAUAUACACACGUAAUUCCCCCAUGAAGUCUACUGUAAUGUAAAAGAAUAUUUGUUUCAGAGAAUAAAAAGCAGACUUUCUGUUUAAAGAAGUAUAAAGUCAUUAAGCUAAGUGUACCCCAUUUUCUCCCAGGACUAUAGUGAAAAGUGAAGGUUUUAUUCGGGGGUGGGCUUUGUCGUACAAGAGUUUAAGCUGCCCCUUAGGGACCCUACGUCCCAUAUCAGAGUGCCUGUUCAAAUCCAGGCUGUUCCACUUCUGAUCCAGCUUUCUGCUAAUGUACUUGGGAAUCAGAUUAUGGCUCAAGUACUUGAGACUCUACCACCCAGGUGAGAGAUCCAGAAGAGCAUUUUUUAAGAUUUAGUUAUUUGAAAGGCAGACUUAGAGAAAGAGAAGGGAGAGACAGAGUUCUCCAUCUACUGGUUCACUCUCCAGCCCCAACAGCAAGGGCUGAGCCAGACCAAAACCAGCAGCCAGGAGCAGCUUCUGGUCUCCCAUGUGGAUUUGAGGGCCCAAGCAUUUGGGCCAUCCUCUGUUGCUUUCCUAGGCACAUUAGCAGGAGCUGGAUCAGAAGUGGAGCAGCUGGGACUUGAAUAGGCACCCAAAUGGGAUGCCGGUGCUGCAGGUGGUAGUUGAACCUGCUGCACCACAGCACCCGUCCCCAAAUAAAUCUUUUUUUAAAAAGUUUUCUUCAGGGUACAGGGCUGUGGCAUAGCAGGUAAAGCCGCCACCUGCAGUGUCGACAUCCUAUAUGGGUUCAAGUCCCAGCUGCUUCACUUUCAAUCCAGCUCUCUGCUAUGGCCUGGGAAAGCAGUAGAAGAUGGCCCAAAUCCUUGGGCCCCUACACCCACAUGGGGGACUUGGAAGAAGCGAAUGGAAGAUCGAUCUCUCUCUCUCUCUCUCUCUCUCUGCCUCUCCUUCUCUUUCUGUGUAACUGACUUUCAAGUAAAUAAAUUUUU